CUCUCUUCUUAUUCUUUCUCUCUUUCACCCACCUAACAUUGCAAAGGAAAAAGCACUUCUUCUUUUCUUUUCUUGGGAAAACUCUCUUUUGAUUAGGUCUAAAAUGGCAUCAAGAAAAGCAAGAAAACCAAACCGAGCUGAGAAGAAACUCAAAAGAACCCAUUUCAAGAAAAAGCUUCCACAACACAAGAACACCGACACACCCACUAUUCUCGACCAUACUUCUUCAUCUACUAUUGUCUCCCCGUGUUCUUCCACAACGACGACGUUUUCACCUAAAGACACAAGCUACUCUGUUCACUCUCCUUCUCCGAAGGUGCUGACGUCGUCACCGGGUAAAGGUGGUGUCGGCGACGGUUGUUGUACCCCAAAAUCUCAAAAGUCUCGGAUACCGGAGAUGCUGACGUGUCCACCAGCGCCGAAGAAGCAAAGAGUCCCACCGAACUGCACGUUACGUCGGAGACAGAUCGUUUUCUUUGCUCCUCCAGAGAUAGAGCUCUUCUUCGUCAAAGCAAACCAUCAAUAAACAGAUUUGAAUUAAUAUUUGUAGUCUUUUUUUUUGUUAUUGGUGCUAGGAUCGAUCGAUAUAGAAAGUAGUAUGAGAAGAUGAUCAAGAUUUCAUCUCUUUGAUUUGUUAAUACAAUAACGAAGAGUAUAUUAUAAUGAUAUCUAGUGAUGUUUUUCUUUUUUCCUUA